AUGCUUACUGUCCCUAACCAGGACUUUGUGACCACAACAACUCAGAACAUGGAGAUAGACCAGGAUAGUUCUGAGCAUAACAAUUUUUGCAUCAUAUGUCAGGAUGGGUCCAAUAGGCCAAACUUACUGAUCUGUUGCAAUGAUUAUCCGCAAAUCACUUGUGUGAAUUGCUUGGAUAUUCCAAGAUUGUUCCAAUGCACAGUCCAGGCUGAGAACAUCAUCUUCAGAUGCCUCAUGUGCCACAUUGGAUGGCAGAGAGACGACGAGAACCAAGAGCCAUACUUCAUGACAUUGGUUGUACACGGUUUUUACAAGAGCAGGCUGUCGUCCUCUAUGGUGCUUUUCCUGCAUCUCAAUAUGGUCGAUGAUGAUACUACCGGUGGACCUUUCAAACUAGCAUAUCAGUUCAUUCAACUUGGUGAUCUGUUUACAGGUUAUGUCAAUGGAAAGUACAUCUCCGCUGCAAUAGAUGAGUUCCUCAUGAUCAUCCUCAAGCUGUAG